AUAGAGACUAACUAUUCAGCCAGCCAAAUGGACCUGCAAGCCGACAAUAUAAUUAAAUGAAAUUAUUAUAAAAAUAAAUUAAAUAAAUAAAAAGGAGGCUAAAUCUAAGCUAUAAGAAGUAGCAUCCAAUAUCCAUAAGCAUCAUCAUCCGCAACACUACAUAGAAGACACAUAAACACACAAACUCUCCUUGUUUCUUCGCUUCUGAUCAGUUUGAUCACCAAGGUACUUUCAAGGAGAAGCAACAAAGAAAGAUAAUUAAAAAUGGGAAUCCUUAACGAAGAAACCUUAAGCUCUAACCCCAAAAGCCAAGUUGUUAUCGAUGAUGAUAAUGAGUUGGGUUUGAUGGCCGUGAGAUUAGCCAAUGCCGCUGCCUUUCCCAUGGUUCUCAAAGCUGCCCUUGAGCUCGGUGUCUUUGACACUCUCUACGCUGCCUCAGUGUUCCUCUCACCUUCCGAGAUAGCAAGUAGGCUACCAACUACGCCUCGUAACCCUGAGGCGCCGGCUUUGUUGGACAGGAUGCUACGUCUACUCGCUAGCUACUCCGUGGUCAAAUGCGGUACGGUCCAAGCCGAAAAGGACCAGAGAGUUUACAAAGCCGAGCCAAUAUGCAGGUUCUUCUUGAAAAAUAACAUUCAAGAUAUUGGAUCCUUAGCUUCUCAAGUCAUUGUCAAUUUGGACAGUGUCUUCCUCAACACUUGGGCACAAUUGAAAGAUGUGGUGCUAGAAGGAGGAGAUGCAUUUGGCCGUGCACAUGGUGGCAUGAAACUCUUUGACUAUAUGGGUACAGAUGAGAGGUUCAGCAAGCUCUUUAAUCAGACAGGAUUCACCAUCGCUGUCGUGAAGAAGGCUCUUGAAGUUUACCAAGGCUUCAAAGACGUGGAUGUGUUGGUUGAUGUUGGAGGAGGAGUUGGCAACACUCUUGGUGUUGUUACUUCUAAGUAUCCCAAUAUUAAGGGUAUCAACUUUGAUCUGACUUGUGCCUUGGCACAAGCACCUUCUUACCCUGGGGUGGAACAUGUAGCGGGAGAUAUGUUCGUAGAGGUUCCAAAGGGAGAUACCAUGAUAUUAAAACGUAUACUUCAUGACUGGACCGACGAAGACUGUGUAAAAAUUCUUAAAAACUGUUGGAAAUCACUUCCUGAAAAUGGCAAAGUGGUAGUGAUAGAGCUCGUCACUCCUGAUAGUGCUGAGAGUGGAGACAUCAAUUCGAACAUUGCAUUUGAUAUGGAUAUGUUGAUGUUCACACAAUGUUCCGGUGGAAAAGAGAGGUCCCGUGCUGAGUUUGAAGCUUUAGCCAUGGAAUCAGGGUUCACCCACUGCAAAUUCGUUUGCCAGGCUUAUCACUGCUGGAUUAUUGAGUUCUGUAAAGAAAAUGUUUAAAAUCCAAAACUAUGCUCUUCGUUAAUUGUUAAUUUAUCUAUGUUUCAGUUCUUUUCUUGAUAUAUGUAAUACGCUUCAAGCAAUAAAAAGUGUGUGAUUUAUCAUUGUCUGUACUCUCUUUUUUUUUUUAUAUAAUACAGCUUCAAGCAAUAAAAAGUGUUUAAUU